AAAUAAAAAAAGCAUCGAUAACAAAAGAAUAGACUUUUUUGCAACUCAAGAAAAUGAAUGAAUAAGAAAUUUCACCACGUGCUGCACGCAGAACUGUCAUCUUCCCAAAAACUAGACCUUCCAUUUUUGUUACAAUAUACAUCAUGUUUAUUAACACAAAACAACUUCUACCAGUUGAACAAAAAAUCUCAGACCAUUAUCAAUCAAUUUGUAGUUAAUUACAGUUAAAAUCUUCCAUUAAAAUCAGUAAAAGAAAAUGCGAAUCCCCAAAAAUAUAUGGUUUAUGAUCGCUUAUUUCAUCCUCUUUAUCCCUGUUUUCGUCUUCCUUUUCUUGCUUGGAUUUGCCAAAGGUGCUAUAAUUAGUCCUUUUGUAUUUCUUAUAAUUGCGUUUGGUGAUACUGGGGUUGUCAUUGGUUUAUGGCCUCUUCAUCUUUUCUGGAGUAUCUACUGCUUGAUCAAAACAAGGAAAUUUGGACCAUUUAUGAAAUGCCUAUUGAUAUUGUUGGUUCCAAUACCAAUAGCUAUCUGGACAGUGGUGGGAGUAGCAGGGAGUGCAAUCAUGGGAAUUGGGUAUGGCUAUGUAUGGCCGGUAAUGGAAACAUUUAAGGCUAUCAGCAAAGAAGGGGAAUCUCUUGCUAUGAAGCUGGUCAGGGUCUUCACGGAUGGAACAUGGAACAAUAUUUGGGGUGCUUGCACCAUUGUUCAGGAUUUUGCUGAUUUUUCAUUCCAUUCUUACUUUUCUGUCAUGGAUGAGCUGCUUGACGCUAGGGGAGAGGAACCUAUUGAACUUAAGGUAACUGUGUUACCAGGAUGUCUCCUAUCAGCCAUACUUGGGAUUAUUGUUGAUAUCCCAAUCAUUACGUUAAUAACUAUUUAUAAAACUCCGAUACUUUUAUUCAAAGGUUGGCAACGCUUGAUACAAGAUCUCAUAGGAAGGGAAGGGCCAUUUCUGGAAACAAUUUGUGUUCCUUUCGCUGGCCUUUGGAUUCUCUUGUGGCCGGUCGUGGCAUUCAUUGCCAUGCUGCUUGGUAUCCUUUCGAGUUUAGGUUUUGGAUGUUAUGCUGCAGUUGUUGCGUAUGAGGAGAAUUUAACAAAAAGAGGAAUACUAUAUGUAAUUGCUUCUCCAUCCAUAUAUGAUGAGUACACAAACGACUUACUAUAUCUACGAGAAGGUUCCUGCUAUCCUAGACCUAGAUAUCGUGAUAUUGUCAACCCUGGUCCAGAUCCGAUGCCAUUGAAGGAACUCCGUAAACAGCCUGAUGCAGAAGAACCUUUGAUUACACAACUUUCUGAUGAAGCAAACCCACUUCAGGCGAAAGUGAUAUGGGACAACCUUUUUAAAGCUUAUGAGGACAUAGGUGUGGAACUUUUUCGAGCUAGAGCCAUUGGACUGCAGGAUUUGGAAAGUUGGAAGCACUCAAAAAAUAAGAUUGUUAACAUUGGUAUACCAGCAUAUGUCUUCCUUGAGUGCUUCCUCAGAUCCAUCAAGAGUGGUUCUGCUGGCUUUAUCAUCCGCGAUAAUGUUGAAAUAAUGGGAGUGAACAGACCGGAGGGAAGGAUUUUUGAUUGGCUUUAUGAACCUAUGUGUGUCAUGAAAGAGCAAGUUAGGCAUAUGAAUUUAACAGAAACAGAAGAGUUAUAUUUCUACAAACACUGUCUAUAUGCCGGUGAUAUUGAGAAAAUUGAGGCCUGGCAGAAUGGAGGAAUUCCUCCCUCUGAUGGGAUCAAGAAGGCUCAACUGGAGGGUAUAAGUAGAAGAUUGCAAGGACUUUGCUUGACAUUGUCUAGGCUGCCUACAUCAAGACGCCGAUUCUAUAAAGUUGUUAACAAAAUAGAACAAGAAGUAACAAAACUCAGCAAUGUUAUUGAGGUAUAAGUCAGCCUUGCUAAAACUCCGCACAUCAAGAUGUUGGUACUACUCUCAUUGUAUCUUUCCAAUUUGUUGUUUAUUCAGAUCUUGCCUGUGACUGUACACAGACAAAUUACCUGAUCAGUUUAUGAAGACUUUUGUAUCAGUUUGUUCUCCCAUGAUUUUACUACUGUGCUAUUCAGUAACC